AUGUCCUCUCUUGGCGUCAAGAAGGGCGGAAGGAACCAUGCAGUGUACCAGCGGUGGCAGGCGUUAGGUUCAAGAUGCCUUGGUGAUGUAAGAGCUCAUGCUGCAUCUCCACGCCAAUCAGUUUCCUUCAGUUGUCUGACGAAAGUUUCAUUUGGCCAGGCUGAACCUCAAUGGCACUGGCCGUUGCUCUUGAGCCUGCAGUGCCUCUGGUUAGCAGCAGCCGUGCGACCGAAUGCUCGAGAUGAAGAACUGGAGCAGGUCGCCAUGCACGAGGACAGCAGCCACAGGCAUAAGCAGCAACACCGCUACGCGCAGGUGCUGCACGUGACUGACGAAUGCGAGAAGGACUUGAAGGCGCCGGCUGAUCCCACCGAGGCCUGCCCCAAGAACUGCCCGUUCAGCGCCGAAAUCAAUGACCCAAAGGAGUAUUGCCACUUCAAGUGCGUGAAGCCCCAGGAGUGCGGCACCGAAGGAACCAUACCCAACCAGACCAUCCCUGAGCGGGAGAAGACGAAAGAGAACCCCUAUUGCCGCUACUGCGAAGUGGAAGCAUGUGCCCAAUGCAUAUCCUCCAAGCCCGGAGUGGAGGACGAAGCAGUGGAGAAAUGCCAGAAGUGCAUGCUGGGUUACACUCUGUCCGAAGAUGGGAAGGAGUGCACUAGCCACGGCGAUGACAUUUUCCUGGUGCUCGCUGCAAUUGGUGCCGUCGCAGGGCUGCUGGGUGCGGGCUGGUAUGUGAGCUUGGCCAUGAAGCCCACUGUGAAUGUGGAGGGUCUCCAGUAUGCCCAGUCGAGCCACAUGCGCAUGAUGAUCACCCAGGAUCACCAUGGAGACGAGGGUCAACCGUACCCGUUCGGUACCAACCUGAUGUCCAAGACCGUGGCGGGGCCUGGCGCAACAGCACUCUUUCGCUUCCAGGGUGCAGUGCUCCUAUGGGGCUUGCUCGUGCUUUGCCUUUGGUUUGCCUUCGUCCUGUUUGUCAGCAAGGAUCUGCUCAUUCUCGGCAACCGCCCGGCUGCCACGCCUCGUCAGCUUUGCGAGGUGGUUUUCUGGGGACGGCACAGACAGAUGGAGCUGAUUUGGACGAAGUGUACUUGGAUCGUUUGCGCGUACCUGCUUGGCACCAUUGGUGCUGUGGCCUAUGGAAUCAUGAUGGCCAAGUUCUUCGUGAGCUUUGACAGUGAACGUGCCACUCUCUCCGACUACGUCGCGGUGCUUGAGGGCGUCCCAACGAUCACCGGAGAGGAGCCUGCAGAGGCUUUGUUGAAGGAGGCCGUGCAGAAAGCAAUUGGUGAGGACGUUGCCAAGGACGUCAUUGCGGUCUCGGUCGGUUGGAAUUUCUCCGAGCAUGUGCCCCAGGUGAGGCACUUCAUUGACGAAGAGGUCGCAGAGUUCCACGUGGAGCACGGUGAGCCCAAGGAGACCCCAGAGGGCAGCGGCGAGGAGUUCAAUGGUGCCUGUGGCGCGAUAUCGAAGCAAGUCUUGGAGAAAUGGCAUAUCCACUUGGACGGCCAUGGCCAUGAGUUUGAGGUCGAGGACCUCAAGAACAAUCUGAAAAGCCUGGAGACAGCGCCGACGUCUUACGUGAUCUUCAUGAAAGAAGACUCCAGGGACAAAGCCAUCGAGGCAGUCAAGGAUACCGGCAUCAAAAUCAAGGAUGCAACUUGCUCGCUGCGAGCUGAGACCUACGAGCCUGAGGCCCUCUUCUGGCACAAUCUCCACAUCACACCGGCCCAGCGGUCGGGGCGUUUCGUGGGUGCAAGCGUGCAGAUUUUCUUGGUGUGCAUGGCGUGGACAGUUGUGCUCUACCUGCCCUAUGCACACUAUAUGGCCGCCUUCUCGUACGCCAACGGUGAUGAGCCCAGCCCGGUUGCCGAGAGUGUUUUUGUCGGCCUCGUCGUGGGUGCCCAGGUUGGCCUUUUCGUUGCAAGCAGCAUCGGCGCCGACAAAUGGCCCGUGGUGACAGUUCCGUGGGUAGGAGGGAUGCUGACAUGCAUGUGGAUGAACAGAGAGUCCUGGCUCUUGCUGAGCAUCCUGACACUGGGUGCCAGCUUCUUUCUGCAAGCAACGGUCUUGGGGGGCUGGAUGCUCUUUCUGGAGAAGCAUGAGGAUGACGACAUGGACGUGCUCCGACGCGUAGCCAUCGUGGGUGCCGUGGCGCCGCUUCUCUUCAACGCGGUCUUGUCCACCUUGUUGGUGUCUGCUAUGGUCAAGCUGGCCAGACAAGGCCAGCUCUCUUUUCCAGGAUGGAGCCUGGAGGAGCCACCCGGGUCUUACACGGCCUUCCGGUUCUGGGACAUCGUGCGGAAAUUCUUCGUGCUAUCCAUCCCAAUAUUCUGGACGUGCAUCUUAUGCCUGGACUGUGCAGCGGUCAUGCACCGUCAGAAGAAGCAAGACCACCGGCUUUGGAUGAAGAUGACCAUCUUCUCCAUUCUUCCAUGCCUGCUGGACUUAAAGAUCGCUGUGGAUGGGGCUUUCCAGGCAGCAAGCUACCACUACGGCAGAGUGAUGUUCCGAAAAGACCGGGGGUCACGGCGUGGCUCACGCGAGUACGACGCUUUCUUGCGCCGCUGUCCCACCGGGCGCUUCAGCGAGGUGGUGUCCGAGGCUGCAGAUGCCGAAAGGCAGCUUCUCGAGCAGGAUGUGUGUGUGAUCUGCCUCGAACCUUUCGAAGUGGACCACCAGGUGGCAGAACUGCCCUGCAAACACCUCUUUCAUUUCCAUUGCAUCCGGCGAAACUUCAAGAAGAACUGGGCUCUAAUGAAGCGGGUGGAAUCUGACUGGCCUGCAGAAGUGCUCCAGCCUUCCAUGAAAUUGCAAUGCAGCCUUGUGGAAUUGGUAGGCAAAUGCCACUACGAGGAUCAGAAGCACCGGGUCUACAUCAUCUUCUACAACGCUGCUUUGAUUCUCAACCUCGUUAUGGACAUCGCCCUCCAGGGCUAUCUCAGUUACCUGCAGAUGGUCGGCGUCGGCGCGCGCGUGGCAGAUGGCCGCCUUCUGGGGAGCUUGCAGAGCUUCCAGGAGAUCUUCGAGUCCUUCCCGAUGCAGAAAUCGGUGGGCAAGCUUUUGUUCAAAUACUGUUGGCCCUGUACUUUCCUGGUGCCCUUUGCGGUGGAGCCGUUCCUGGCACAGCUAGGCCCUUACCAGGUCGGUUCCAUGCUCAUCCGAAGCAAUGCGAGAGUCCGGGGUGAGAAUGCCGAGCGCGCGCUGGAAUUGUCUGAGAUGGAGCAGGGCCGAUAUGCGGACAUCAUCUUCAACCUCAUCCUUGUUGCGUGCAUUCCCUUCAUAGCACCAGCGUACAUGGCUUGGACCUAUGGCACGUUCAUGGUGUCUCACUUGUAUAUCUACUGGUAUGAUCACUGGAAGACGCUUCGAUGGGCACGGAAGUUCUACUUCUCCAGUGAUGAGGUGCACUGGUUUGGACAGCAGCUUCUUUGCUUGCCUCUUGGGGUGCUCGCGGCAAGUGCGGUCUUCAAAAUCAACCAGUGGAGCGGAGGGGUCACUGGAGGACUUGGCUCCGGAGUGCUCAAAGGUGCCACACUGUGGGGUGCGAUGGCUGCAGCAUUUACUCUCCACGUCAGUGUGCAUCUCGCCUUGCUGACCUUCGUCGUGAAGCCGAUGCGCUCCGACCCCGACAAGGCUCCGAACGAGAUGCCCUUCUCCAAGGUCGCCGAGGAGGAGGCGGCCACGCACCUGUCAACGAAUCCCAUCCAGUGCCUUCGGUCCAAGUACAUCUUGGGGGACUCUCCGCCGCUUAGCCCCUUUGUGCUGGGGAAGGAGAAGGUCAUGAAGGCAAACCCGAAGCUCGGCGCCUUCUUCGAUGGGGAAGUGGACGCGGCGCAGAAGGCGAAGUUCAGGGAAGAACGGCGCUCACGAUUGAGCCAAGCGAAGGAAGAGGCUGCUUAUCCGCCAGACGCGGUGCAGACGACAGCAUAUGUCGGUUGCAGCGCGCUGCUGCCUGCGAUCUCCGCAGCCGUGGGGGCGGUCGGCAUGACAAACGCCUCUCCGGCACGCUCGCAUGCAGCCGCGCUCUUUUUCGGCCAGGGAAUUCAAGAGGAUCCCGUGCAUCUGCCACCGGGAGCCUUGCAGCACGUUGCGCGGCCACCCUCCAGGUCGAUGCACAUUAUGCCCAACAAUGCCGCGGGCCCCGUGAAUGAGAUCAUCGGUGCCCAUGCCGGGGAAGAAGGUGCGAGCCAGCAGGAUUCUGAUGAGGGAUCAUCUGCUACUUCUUCGGAAGAAGAAGGCACCGAGCUGCAGUCGGAUGAUGAGGGUGGAGCGGGCAGUGGAGGACGCAGGCGAAGCUCCAAAGAGAGCGAAGUGUGGAAGCCGGCGAUGCCCCGGAAGCACAUCCCACAAGUGCUGAGCAUCAAACGCAAGGUAGAAGAUCUGCCGGAUAUCAACACACUCUACGAGCCACGUGAGCUAGCGCAGCUCUUCAAAUGUGUGGAUGCCUACGUCCACCUCGUCCUCCCUCCGGGCGGCUCCUCUGUGGCCCACAGCCCAGACAUGUUCCUCGCCUCCAUGCUCGCCUCACUCGGCUCGGGGAGCCCAACAGGGCGCCCGAUAACGCCCAGCACAGACGUCGGAGGUGCAGGUACGGGUUACCUCCGCGAUCGGGAGGGGCCCUUGGUGCUGCGGCCCAUCUUCUGCAGGUUCUUGCUAGCCUCCAAGCUUUGUGGGAGCCGCGACUCGCCCCAUCGUUACCAGGAUUGCGUUGCUGCAUUCGAUGCGCACGCAACACGAUACGAGGCCUUUUUCGGAAUGCCUCGGAACCUUCUUUUGAGGGUCCUUUCAGGCAUUGUGUUGCCCCCUGGAUGCGAGGCAUCCUUGAUGGCAUCUGCCUUCAGUGACAAAGUUGUUCGGCAGCUGCCGCCGCAGGUGCGGCGGUUCUUGGAUCACCAUCUACGCACUGCCAACUCUCACUGUGAGGCUCGGCGGAAGGCUCUGGACGAGUCCAUCUCGCGGCUGCCGUUUGUCGAAAGCCUUUUGUGGAUCGACCCAACCACUCUGCCCAAGGUUGAGGAAGACGAAGAGAAGGAGAAGGACAAAGAGAAGGACAAGGAAAAAGAGAAGGAGCCGUCAGAGAAGCCAAAGAGCAGAAAGGCAGAGCGAUUGAGGAACACGGACAAGAGGAAACUGUCAGUGAACAUCGAGCUGCCUGAGGAGACUGUUCCAAUCCUGAAGGCACCAGAGGCGACGCUGCGGCUUCCGCCGCAGGGGAUGUGGCCGCCGCUACCACCGCGGUAUGUCAUUUCCGAGAGGGGUUUGCAGCAGUGGAAAGAUGGCAUUCGCCAGUGGGAAGAAGAAGUCAAUCAGCAGAGUUCGUCGCACCUCAGGGCACUGUACGAGAACACAGCGCGCGUUGUGCUCGGCGAGCUCUUGUCCAGCCAGCUGCUGGAGCCGGAGGUGCUUCAUUUUGCCAGUCGCUUCUUGCCACUAUUCUCUCGCAUAUUCGACGAGUAUGCAGAUGAGCAUAUGGCCGACUACCAGCCGACCGACCCCUCUGCCUUAGCCUCCUCUUCCUCAGAAUGUGGCUCCGAUGCGCCGGCCACGGAGGCAGCAGGCCAGGCACCAGGCGCUCCAGCGGAGGGCGCAGAGAAGCGCGGCUCAAUGUUGGGAGGUGGGCAACGGCGGCCCAAUCUGAUCCUGCCCACGCGAAACGUUGCCAACGCCGCCAACCGCGGAGGCGAGGAGAAGCUGCCGCCGGCGAAGUUCCUGAAGCCGCGGGAGGGGCCUCCAGACAUGAUGUCCUUUCACGCCUUCUUCUCUUUCUGCGUAGAGUUCGAGCUCUUUCCGAACCAUGCGUCGUACGACGAGCUUCGACAGAUCUACGACUCCGCUGAAACCGCAGAGGAACUCGUGGUUGCCGAGCUGCAGAUCCCGCGGAGAAGAGUGACGAAGGAGGCCUCCGCUGCAGCUGCUGCGUUGCUUCCACAGGUCGAGCUGGGAUUCUUGGAGAAGCCGCUGCACGAGAUGACAGACCUCGAGCAGCACGCCGCCUUCUUCUUUGCCGCCUUGGAAACCUGGUCAGAGUUGGCCAGCCGUUUCAUGCGCCUGGCGGACCUGGUGGUUCAGCGGAUGCCUUUCUGCCUUGAGGAACUGGAGGACGUGCGGCCGCCGCCGUCGCCAUCACGUGUGAUUCGCAGACUCCGGAGUUUCAAGGAGAAAGACGAGGCGACACCAUCGCCUUCGACACCUCAGGGUGAGGCCCGCGGUGAGGCGCCAAAGAAGCGCAAGGAGGCAAUGUUCAAGGAGGGCCGCAAAAACUCUGCCGGCAACGCAGGGCAGCGGAUGACGUCCAUUCAAGGUGAAGGAGGGAUUGAGUGUAGGAGUGUAGGUGCCAGCGAGCUUCUGGAGAACCGUGGCUGCAGGGAGAUGCAGAGUCCCCAACACUGGGGCCUCUGGUCCUUCCGAACCAAGGAUUGCAUCCCCACCUGGCCAGCUCGAGCAGUGCUUCGCCAUGCUGCUGCCCAUGGCCCCGAAAGGGCAACCGGUGGAAAUCACGGCUGCUGGGACUUCAUUGGCAAGGCUAACUGGAUGAGUGGCAUCGCACUGCUCAGCAAAACUAGGUGCGCGAUUCUCGGGGUGGGAACCUUUGCAGCUUUGCAGCUUCAAACGGCCUUUGUUGGCCAAGUGUCCCUCGCUGAGAUGCUCUCGUCGUCUGAGCGGGCGACACGCUUGUUCCUCGAGGCGUUGGACGAUAAAAUCCUGGAGCGGGAGUCUAGGGGCGGCUCCAGUCGCCUCGAGUCCUUCUUUGGGCCUGCGAAUUCUGAUCAGGAGGUUUCCGCUGGCACCUUCAUACAGAAAGCCGUCUCCAUGGCCUUGAGCCCCGACUGCAUCCCCACCGAGAAGGACCUGGCCACCGGCCUUGCUCAGCUUGGUGCAAAGAGCAAUGGGACCAUGUCCAGGCAGGUGGCGUUUCGUGCUUUGGCUCUGGCCCGAGAGCACCGCCGGAGGCAGAAGCUGCAGCUUACACAGGCUCGCUCAACUCUUCUGGCGCAGCAGGUGAAGAGGAGCACGUGGGUUCCAGAAGGAAGCCGGCCAACAAGUGCCGCACCCGGCCUCGUAGCUCUCGGCCAGCCACAGAUCCGCAAAGCCUUUCGCUGCGCGGCUUUCGUGGAGUGCCUUGUCAAGCUGGCACUCCACCGACUCGGCGCGAAAGGCUCCUUGGAACUCCAGCGUGGGGCACCGACCUGGUGGAAAUGCACGUGGCUGCUGAACCAUCUGGGCAUGCGCUUCGUGGAACGCGUCCAGACCAACAGGCAUCAACGCAUUCUGCGAAAUCUGGUCGGAGAGGAGCAUCCGCCCGUGAAGUUGCAGGAGCUGGACUUCUGGUGGUAUCAGAUGCACCUCACAAACCGGCCGAGAUAUGUCUUCCCUCUGGAUCGCCUCGUCAUCUCCACACCGGAUCUCUUCGAACCGAUCAAAGCGGAGGCGAAGAUCAUGGUCAGUGAAGAUCGUCGGGGUAUUUGCCCAGAGUGUCAGGAGCAGCGGAGUCCGAGCGGAUGGGGCACACCGGGCUGCCUUGGGUGCUCUGAGAUCGAGUCCUUCUGCCUGCCCUUCGAGGGGCACAUCUUUGCCCCGCUGGUGAGGAACCCCGACGUCGCUGACACGAAAUCGACGCCAAAUUCACUGGGUGACGAGGACAUCAGUGCGAAAUUCCCCUUCGGAGAGAUGUUGAACAUCAUCCAGUGA